UCAGGUGAAAAUAAAAGAGUUAUCCUACAAAUACUGUCGUAGACUCCGUAUGUAUCUGUGUGUCUGGUUUUUGUAUUUUUGGUUGUGAGGAAAUACAUUGAUUAACAUAUAAGAAUUUUACAAGUGAAGAUUAGGGUUAGGGUUUGUUGUAGCUUUGUUGGUUGAUUUUGAACAUGGAAGAGAUCACCCAAGGAGUUCAAGACAUCACCAUCGUCGAUUCGCAGAAGAAGAAUCGAAUUCAGGUCUCCAACACUAAAAAGCCCUUGUUUUUCUACGUCAAUCUCGCCAAGAGGUAUAUGCAGCAGCACAACGAGGUGGAACUUUCUGCCCUCGGCAUGGCUAUUGCCACAGUUGUCACUGUUGCAGAAAUACUGAAAAACAAUGGAUUGGCUGUUGAAAAGAAGAUUAUGACUUCAACUGUCGAUAUGAAGGAUGAGUCAAGAGGGCGACCUAUCCAGAAAGCUAAAAUUGAGAUAUUGCUGGGGAAGACUGAGAAGUUUGAUGAAUUGAUGGCAGCUGCUGCUGCAGAGAGAGAACUUGGAGAAGCUGAAGAGCAGAGUUGAAGUGGUACUAUUUUAGUUUCUGGGUUGUUGGUCUUAAUGUAGUAUGAGUGAAUGCAGUUUUAACCUGUUUCUUUAAUUAUAGUUGUCUAAUGUCCUGUGGUCCAGAAUGAGUUUUGUUAGCUGUGAAAGUGUUUCCUAUGAACACAGAAACAAACACCACUUGCUAUUCAUAUUCAAAUUCAAAUUUGUUAUUUAAUUUUUUAACUUGUUUGCUGAA